ACUGAUGUGACUUAUGCAUGGAGUGAUUCUCGUUCAUUACGUGUGAUUACUAAUAGUCGAGCUUAUACACCACAAUCAGUGAUGUCAGUUAGUAUUUGUUGGGAAACAAAACAAGUAUUGAUUGGUGUUCAAUCAUUGAAUGUAGUCUUUUUAUAUUCAUUGAAUGGUACUUAUAACCUAACUAGUGCUCGUGAUAAUGGUGUUGGAUAUAUGGGCUUUGGAAAAAGUGUAUCAUGGUUGGAUACGACUGGACAUAAAGUAGUCAUCUUAGCCAAUACUUAUACAUAUACAAAUUAUGACUGGAUUUCAUCAUCGGUACAUAUUUAUGAUAUUGAAUCAGAUGGAUUUUCAGAUUCAACACAACCAAUUUAUGUUUAUCCGAAUAGUCUACAACCUCUGCAACAAUAUAUGGUUCCAUCACUUGUUCGCGUCACUUGCUCUUCUUCUGGUAAUAUAGGCAUUUUAACUCUUUUGGGUGCUGGAUUUGGUAUUCUUCAAGCACCACCAAAUCAAUAUCCAAAUACAAAUACAAGUGGAUGGGCUACAACUAGUGUGCCUUGUUAUUCUGGUACUGGUCGAAAUUAUUAUGGCAUUGAAUUAUGUUAUUCAUAUUCAGCAUCAUCAAUGAAUUGUUCAGAGAAUAUGUACUGUCCAUAUGGAUCUGUUGGACAAAUUUCCUAUUCAGAAUUUGAAUCUAUUGAACAAGAUCAAGACUAUCCUGAAUCAUCUGAUAAUACUGUUUUUGAUGAUAUAUUAAUGCAAAAUAUGUUUAGUAUGAAUCCAACAUCAAUUCAUUGUUUAGUUGUAUCUCCAAUCACUUGGGUAUUAUUUUUUAUGAUACUUGGUUCAAUUAUUGCCAUUACUAUAAUUAUAUCGGAAGCUUGUUGUCCUCGUUAUAGCUCGACAAGAGAUCAAGCUAAAAGAAUCUUUCGAAAAAUGGAUCUGAUUGGUGAAGGAGAGAUGUGGGUAGGUGGUUUAACAUCGGUGUCGAUCGUUGUUCUUGCAAUAUCAGCAUAUUAUUUUUCCAAUGCUUAUCUUGUUCAAUAUCCAAUUGAACAAGUCACUAAGAACAGUACAUU